ACUGACUGCACUCUGACUGGCGACACACCAAAUCAUGAGUGUACAGAAGCAACAUACUUUUAACCAACCCAGAAGAUUCAGGCCUGUUAAGAAAACAUCAGUCUGCCUAUGAAAGCAAGCAUCAUCCGGGUUUACAAUGACAAAAAAAAUGGCUUCUUUUCCACUCUUCCUCUUCGUCUUCAUGAUGAUAAACAUGUCUGGAUGUGCAGGGACAGCCAAGCCUCAGUGUAGGAACUUUUAUGAGGAUGUACCGUUCCAUCGACCUGUAGGUGAAGCAUUUUUUUUCCUACCUUACCUUCUAUAUCCUAGCACUAUUAUCCCAGAUGAAAAUAUCACAUGGUACAAAAACAACUCAGAGGAAAUCUCCAACAAUGAGGAAGAGAGGGUGCACUACCAUGGAGGGAGGCUCUUUUUCUUAAACCUUAAAACUGAGGACUCAGGCUUUUAUGUUGCACGGCAUAAUAAACCAUUAGGAAAGUGCAACAAUUACCAUUUUAAUCUGACGGUCUUCAACACAAGCCGCACCGACAAUAAAGUUCUCUUUAUAUCAGCUGGAGGAUCUGGACAAAAUAUAAAGGUCCCCUGUCCAGAGGUCGCCAAAGAGACAUGUCAAAUAUUCAAAGGAAAACUCAUCUGGGAGAAGGACUCCAAACCUGUCCAAGAUCAACACGGGGAUCACCUGUGGGUUGAAAAUGCGUAUGAAAGUAACAAAAGCAUCUACACCUGUAUUUGCACCUGGGAACACAACAAGAAGGAGUACAUAACCACUGGCUCCAGGAGGCUAGAAGCUGAAGCCACAGUUGUCCACAAACCACCAGUAAUCCUUUCUCCAACACACAAGGAACAGUUUGCUGAUAAAGGCCAGGGGAUCCAGCUGAACUGUUCAGGUUCAUGUGGGACAAACGUGAGAGAAUAUUGCAAAGCUAACUGGCUGAUUGAUGGGAAGCCGAUCACUCAGACUGAUGGAUACAACCUCACCACCAAGAUAGAGAACCCCACAGGAAGUACAGCUGGCAUCGCAAUCCUGACCAUCAAAGACGUUUCUGCUAAAGAUUUCCAGUCUGAAUUUACGUGUAUUGUUGAAGGACUCUACAACUUCGUGAAUUCAACUUUAACUCUGAAGCAGAGAGAGUCAAUAACACCUCUCAUCAUCGGAGGACUGUGUGUGAUGUUAUUCUGUGUGUUAGCUGCCGUACUGGUGAAGUACUUUGCCAUCGACCUCGCUCUUUUCUUCAGACCUUACUUGCCAAUCAGCCGAAACAAUAAAGAUGGGAGAAUGUUCGAUGCCUAUGUGAUUUACGAAAUGCAGAACAUGGACAAAGCCACUGAGGACAAACUGUGUCUCUUUGUCACAAAGAAUCUGCCCGCCGUCCUUGAGGAAAAGUGUGGAUAUCGACUUUUUAUCCAUGGGAGGGACGACAUACCUGGAGAAGACCGUCUGGAGCUGGUGGAGGAUCGUAUGAGGCAGAGCAGAAGGCUGAUGGUCAUACUAACGCCGGGUCCAGAAUCAGAGUCCAGUCCAGCUUUACCAGAGAACUCAGUGAUUGGAGGGUUUGACUGGCAGGUGGGGCUCCAUCACGCUCUGGUCCAGAGGGAGAUGAGCGUGAUUCUGAUCCAGCUCGGGGAUACGGGUUCCCAGGGAUACUCACAUCUUCCUCCUGGUCUGCAGCAUCUCAUCCAGAAGAGCGCCCCCCUCAAGUGGCUGGAGGACUUACGUGGUGCUUCGGCGUAUAACUCCCGCUUCUGGAAGAGAGUGAGAUAUCUGAUGCCUGCAACACCCGCAAAAAAAUACUUUCCAUCUGCCAUUAUCUAAUGAUUCUGUACUCUGGUUUGAUUUGGGCUUCCAAGAAUGAUGAUUAAAGAAGUAUGUGCGCAAAAAAUGGAGGAAGAACAGAAGGAGAGACAUCAUUAUUCCUGUUAUAUAGAAGUGUGUAAAUGUACAGGAUAUGUAAUGAUGUAAAUCAGUUCAGAUAGGCUGUUUUAUUAAUUAUAGAUUGAAGAAUGUAAUAUAUUGAAUGGGCACAUGCCCAUUAAUCUAUUAAUCUCUCAUUAGUGCAAUUUUCCAAUAGAAUUAGAGUAUGUUUUUUAUUUCAAUAUGCUGGAAAAACAGCUGAUGUUCAAAGAAAGGCCUUAUACAGUACGUAUAGAGGGGCAACCUUAAAUCAUAAAUAAUGGCUCAGGCCUUGGUGAGGUGAGAAAACAAAAACACAAAGACAGAGAAAGCAGAUGGAUAAAAGUAAUUCAGAUCAACAAAAAGGGAGAUAUUAUAGUGUAGGAAAUAUUUAAAUUAUAAUUAAAGUCUUGAAGUCACUAAAAUUGUUUAGUUCAAUGAGAGAAAAGGGUAAAUAAAAAUAAGCCCACUGAAGAUGUUUUAAUGCAUAGGGCAGCUAUGAAAACACUGUAAAAAUAUUUGAAAAUACAAUAAAUUAUCUUAAUUUUAAACUUAAAGGAGUAAGAAAAAACAUUACAUUUUUAAUCAAAGCUUUAGGCCUGUUUAGGUAAAAAAAAAAGUAGUCAAUAAAUUCAUAGUCAAGCUUACAAUUUCUAUAAUUUAAUGAAAAUAAUCUUUCCUUUUUGAUGCAUUUAAAAAAAUUCCACUAUUUUGCAUUUUAAACAGUCUUUGUUUCAUUUUCGAUUUUGUUUUUUAUUGUCUUAAACUAAGUGCAACUGACUUCCGGUUAAAUAAACAGACCUGCUUUUAUUUUGAAAGGAAAUAAAGACUUGGGGCAUAUAGAAGAUUAUGAAACAAGAUUAACCACAAAAAAGGAAGUUGUUAUGAUGUAAGAGAAAAGGUUAACUGUUUGAUACCACAAGAUGUAGAUGUCUUUUGACUUGUCCACUGAACCUUCUGUGGGUUUUUAAAGUGAAAUGAGACAUUAAGGAGCAGUGUUGGACUUAUUUUACAUCACUGGGGCUGCAGAGAGAUGUAGUUGUGCCUUAGCCAAAGUUGCUGUAAGGGACAGUGAGGCAAGUGAUCAAUGCAAUUUAAAAAAUGAAUGCACUAGUUAUGGAACUUAAGAAGAUCAUGAUUAAUGGAUUAACCCUUUAAAGCCUGAUAACUAAAAAAAAAAAAAAAAAGGACAGAAAAAUCUCAUUUUUUAGGACUGGGGUGCUUAUUUAACUUCCUACUGAAAUAAGAAAAAUUGCCAUAAAAUUUCACUCAUAUUUUUUGUAUGAUAUUUAAUGCAUUAGGCAUUUCUGGCAAUCGGAAAUCCACUGGGGGACAUUUAUACCAUUAAUCAGAUUGUAUUCAAAAGGGUUUUUUGUUUUUUUUUUGAGGACAUUAUUCAUCAUGUUCAUUAGAUAGAGGUCUUAUAAUAGUGCAUAUCAAAUAUGAUACACUUGCCCUUGAAGGGUUAAUGCUGACUCCCGGUGGCGUCAAACAUCUGUAAUUUGAAGACGGUUUGGAAAGACUGCUGUAGUCCUAACUUGUGCUAAUUUCUGAAAAAAUUACCACCUGAAUGCCAUUGUAUAUUUAUCUUUUUAUUGUUUUAUGGCUGUAUUUAUUCAAAAUAUUUUAAUGUAUUUUAAGUAAUUGUUUAAGACUUUGUUUAAGCUAAUAUAUUUCACAGAUUUUUUUUUUUUUUAUUAUUUCUUUAUACGUCCAAGUGUUGAAACCUGAUUUUUGUGACAAUGAAAGAUUUCUUCUAAAAUUCUUUAUAAUAAAAAAAUCAAAGUAUUUCUCAUCAUUCAUUAUUUCAAAAAUAUGUUCA